UUUUCUAUUUUAUUUGCAUCUCCUGUUGUCAUGUUGUGUAACAUUAUGAAAAAGAUAAAGUUCUAUUUUGUACAUGUUUGACAUAUAUAUUAGUAAUCUGGUAAAGGUUGAUUGUGUUAAAAUGUCAUAAAGAGAAGAAUAUAUUGUAGUGUUAAAAAAAUGAUUCGUCUUACGAUAAGAUUUCUUUGUAAAUCACAAUAUACAACGCCCUUGCAUUGCAUGAAAUUAUUAAACAUUCCUAAAAUAGAAAUUUGUACGAUGUUGCAAAAAGAUUCUUCUCCGUUAGUAAUAGCUGGUCCUUCUGGAAGUGGGAAAAGUACUUUAUUGAAACGACUAUUCGAAGAGUUUCCAGAUAAAUUUGGAUUUUCUGUAUCGCAUACAACUAGAAAUCCUAGAUCUGGCGAAGAGGAUGGUAAACAUUAUUACUUUACAAAUAAAGAAGAAAUGCAAAAACAGAUAGAUAAUGGUGAAUUUCUUGAAACCGCUUCGUAUAGUGGAAAUUUAUAUGGAACCAGUAAACUUGCUGUAGAAAAUGUUCAACGUACUGGGAAAAUAUGUAUACUAGAGAUAGAAAUAGAAGGUGUCAAACAAAUUAAAAAUAGUUCUUUAAGUCCUUUGUACAUCUUUAUAAAACCACCGUCUAUAAAUGAAUUAGAACAACGAUUAAAAGAUAGGAAUACGGAAACAGAUGAAUCUUUACUACGAAGAUUAACUAUUGCUAAGGCAGAAUUGGAAUAUGGUGAGCAGCCAGGUAAUUUUGAUAUUGUGAUUGAGAAUGAUAACCUUGAUAAAGCUUAUGAGAAGUUGCGUGAAUUUAUUUCUUCCAAAUUAAAUGUCAAUACAUAAAACAGAUAGCUAAAUUAAAUGUGUCCAAGGAUAAGUAUUAUUCAUGAAUUUAUGUAACGUCACAAAAACAUCUUAUGAUUAGAAAUUGAUGGAAGAUCAUUAUGUUAAUGAUUUUAUGGGGAAAACAGUUGUCAGAAACGAAAGAAAAUAUUUAAUCCAUUAAUUUAGUAUAAUGGUAAACUGUGUUUACUGUAGUAGAUAAAAAAAUGUGUAAAAAAUAUUUCAAGCAUAAAUGGAUAAACAAAAUUUAUCUAAUAACUUAUAAAAAAAAAGAAUAUUAAAAUGAGAAAAUCAUUGAAAGAGACUAAGAAUUAAAAUUAAAGAUAUGUAGCAGAAUCUUUACCUGAUAACAGUGCCCACAUAUAAAUAUUGAAAAUAAGUUUACACGAUCGGACUAAGAUAUAUAAUAUAGUUGUGAGAAAGAUUAAAAUGUUAAACAGUUAUAUUUUUUACAGAAAAGAAUUUAAAUGUCUCAUACAGAUGCAACUAAAAGAGUAUAUUGCGUUAAAUUAAAUUCUUAUGAAAUAAUAGUGUCUUAAAUAGGCAAAAAUACAGAGAGAACUUAGUAAAUAAAAUGUAACCAUUUAGAUAUAGCUAACUGAGAUUAUUCACCAAACGAAGUUGUGUUCCAAUAGAGUAGGUUACUUACGAAGUACAUUUGGCUUUGUCUUGUACUUGCCUUUACAUCUAAAAUCAUGCGUUCUUUAUAACAUUUUAAAUUAAACCCAAACGAUAUUUUAUCGUAAUGCAAACAUAA